UCUUUCCUUAACACCACCUCUUCGAUUCGUUCCUUAACACGAUCUCCUUCCUUGCAAUUUCUCUCCAUCAAAACCAGAUCUGCUCUUGAUCAAGAUUUCUUCGUCAAAUCUCCUUUCAAUCAGCAAUGGCGUUAGAGUGGGUAGUACUCGGCUACGCUGCUGGUGCAGAAGCAAUCAUGGUCCUUCUAUUAACUCUCCCAGGUCUUGACGGUCUUCGCAAGGGUUUGAUCGCUGUUACUCGUAACCUUUUGAAACCUUUUCUUUCGAUUGUUCCAUUUUGUUUGUUCCUACUCAUGGAUAUUUACUGGAAGUAUGAGACUCGACCUAGUUGUGAAGCCGAUUCUUGCACUCCUACCGAGUUUCUUCGUCAUCAGAAAUCUAUCAUGAAGAGUCAGCGUAAUGCGCUUUUGAUCGCUGCUGCUCUUCUCUUCUAUUGGAUCUUGUAUUCUGUUACUUCUUUGGUUGUUAAGAUCGAGCAGUUGAAUCAGCGAGUCGAGAGGUUGAAGAGAACUGAUUAAUUCUUUUCAUCAUCUUUCUUUGUUCAUCAGAUAAGUGAAUUCUGCUUCUCUGAUGCACUGUUUGCCAGAUUACUAGACAUUUUCCUCAAAAAUACUUAUAUUAUUGCUGUUAUUCUGUAAUUUUUGUUUUAAUUGGAGUAUUAUGUUAAUUAUCUAUCAAUACAGGAUGAAUUUAUUUUGAUC